CCUGCAGUUUAAUCACUUGCAGAUCUUGCCAUGGGGUGCGGACUGAGAAAGCUGGAAGACCCAGAUGAUAGCAGCCCUGGAAAAAUCUUUUCUACAUUGAAGAGACCACAAGUUGAAACAAAGACGGAUUCUGCUUAUGAAUAUGUAUUGCUGGAUUUUACUUUAGAAGCUUCCUCAAAUCCAGAAGUCAUCAAGAUCAGUUCUGUGUUGGAUAUAGCACCUAAGGUGGAAGAAUAUUACAGCAAAGGAUAUGUUGUAGGAGCUGUUCAUCCUAUUAUGCUGCCAAUUGGACGUAGAAGGAGUUUCCCUGCAAGUCACAUGUAUCGAGUGGUACUUUCACGAUUAAAAUUAAGCCAGAAGCAUGCAGCACCCAGAGGACAAAGGCACCCCAGGCUGGUGAUUGAGGAAUGUCCUUUAAUGUAUGAAACACUGACAAAUGAGGUAGUGAAAGAACUGUUAGAAAAGGUUAACGAAGCUGCUAAAAGAGGAAAGAAGUUUGUGGGAUUUGUAUCGCAACAUUUUCCUCAACCUAAAGCCUGUAAUGGAACAAGUGCAGAUGGAAGUGCAGAGCUGGAAUCAACACUAGGCAGAAGAAACAGGGAACACAGAAGAAAAAAUUCCGAUGAAAACUAUAAAAACUGGAAUGAAGGGACAUUGAGUGGUCACUCAUCUGAGAGUGGAAUAGAGGAGGAAAUGCAAGGAGAAACCAGUCUGUUACAGGAUGCAGAUUUCCAGUUUGGAAGAGAAGUCAGCCCUGUUAAACCAUGGAAAGGAGAUGACAAGCUGUAUACAGUCUUCAAUGUUUUCGAUGAUGAUUCUACCUGCUGGACCUAUCACGAGGGUGUCUUGUCUAUGAAAGUAACAAGAAAAGGGCCAGUUAUUAGUACACUGGAAGCAGACUGGCUAGAAUUAACCACAUUUUAUUAUAAACAAGGAUUGUCCUUAAUUGAUUCAUUUGUACACUGGGAAACUUCUAAAGGGGACUAUUUGCCUAAAUCUUUAGAAGGAUUAUUUAUCUACGAAGAAGAAGGUGCUGGGGUUCCAGGUUCUAACAGGAAAGGAAAUGAUGCUAUAGUUGUUGAACAAUGGACAGUCAUUGAGGGAUGUGAAAUUAAAACAGAUUAUGGACCUUUAUUGCACACGCUGGCUGAAUUUGGAUGGCUUCUGACCUGUGUCCUGCCUACACCUAUUGUACGACAUGACAGUGAAGGAAAUCUGGCCACAAAGCAAGUCAUUUUUCUUCAGAGACCUGUUAUGUGGAAUUCUGCUGUCCAGACACCAGAGAAGAAAUCCUUAAGACAAGUUAUUGGGGAGGAAAGAGGCAAAUUCUCUAGCAGAAGUGUUGGAUUAGAUACAGCUACUUCUCGCCCUGUAGAAACUGGACAGCCACCCGAUGAGUUUCACUUGUCUCCUUCUAAGCAGUGUUGGAUCAAGGAGGAAUCCUCCCAGUAUGGAGGCUUUCCAGGGUUCAGUAGCAGUGGAGUAUUAAGGGAACUGGAUGAUGGACAAUUUGACCAGGAAGAUGGAGUCACUCAGGUCACAUGUAUGUGAUAAUGUAAGUAACUGCAUCAGAUGGACAUGUACAUAAUUCACACAAAUGUGUCUGAUGUUUCUUUGGUUUGGUUUUUUUAAGUCAUACUGCUUUAAAUGCAUUGGUAUAACCUUUUCCCACUCAUUUUGUAUUUUGUCUGUUUCUUCGUUGUGUUAAUCCUACUGUAGUAAUACUCCUACUGCAAAAUAAUUUGGUUUUCUGUCUGUCUUGAAUAGAAGAAUUACAUGACUGGGUGCUCUGCUAACUUGUUAAUGCUUUUGACAAGCAAGGAAGCAAAUGCUGCAAAACAAUGACAGUUUGAACUGUGUGAGUGAGAAAGGAAUGAGGAUGUUUAGUGUUUUCCACAAGCUGGAAGAAUGUUUUUAAAGGGUGUUGUAAAUAUUGGUAGGGAAAAUGAACUGAUUGUUGUUACAUUUUAAUGUAAUUUUCACUUGUCUUGCCUUGCAUUAAUGCAAAAGCCUGGAGAAAUAUUGUCUUACACUAGAGUUUUAACAGUUUAAGCUAUGUUUGUACAGAAAACCUCUGGAGGCUGUAGGCAAACACUUGCACCUGUAGUAUAAUUUCACCUAUGCAGGAUUUUAAUACAUCUAAGCCAAAAGCUGUCUGAGCAUAUAGCUAGUAUAACAAUGUGUCAGUAAUCUACUCGUGAGUGGAAAUUCAGAACCACUCACCCCCUGAAAGAUAACUUCCAGUCUAUGGAAAAGCAGUUUGAGAAACUAAGAAGCACUGACAGCAAGGUGCAUGAUGAUGCUGAUAGAAGGAAGAAGCAGGCUAAACUUAGAUUAGAUCAUAGACUAUACAUGAAAAUGCUGCUGUAUAUAUAUAAGGUUUCUCAGCUAAAUGUAUCUCACACUGGGUAAAGUGUGUUCAGCUGCAUCAAAUAACAGAAAGAAUGUUCAAAGGAUGAAGUCACUGUGCUUCCAUCCUCACCAUAGGGAGGAGCUGCAUGUAUUGAAGGGAAGUUAACACUGGCAGAGCUCUGUAGGGAGGCAUGAACAGGAAAUAUUUUAAUGCUGCUGUCUUGAAAUUACAUCUUACAGUGGAAAAGCUGAAUAAAAUGCAUUUUCAGGAGGUAAAUGUGACUGUAACUAAAAAUUGUGCUUUUUUUUCAGUUAGUUUUAGAAGCAAAAACUAUAAAUGCUUAUCAUAAUGAAGCCAAUGCAAAAUAAUGUGGUGAAAAUGAGAAUUGGAACAAGACUGAGCAGACAUAUUCACAACACUCCUCUCUGUGGGCAGUACAGCUCUUGCAUUACUCAGGAAUUCUGAUACCUGUCUGUGUGUGCCGUACUGUGGACACUGAGAGGCGUGUUGUGGAUGCAUUAACUGCAGCACCCUUCUCCAAUGGUGUGGCAUCCACCAGCUGCUCUGGGAAUCUCCCUUUCCCGGGGUAGAUGAUGGCACUAAACACAGUGGGCAAAUAGAUGCAGUGACAGGAGCACCACUGACUGACUCCAGACAAGAACCCGAGGAGAUGGCCAGGAUGGAGGAAGUCAGAUCAGAAUAUUCCAAGUUAAAGCUUUGAUAGUAUAUCAAACAAACUACUUUUCAUAAAGCAGUAUCCCUGCUCAAGGGGGCUGGGUAGUGAAUCCUAAAACUAAACUGUGACUAUUUAAAUGAUACGAUGUAUAAAAUAAUAAAUUGAAUGCAGUUAAUCUUCCUACAAUAUAUUCAUUUGAUAAAAAGAUUAAUUGAAUCUUUAACUGAGAUCUUUCCACACCAGCUGUUGAGAAUGCAAAAAAAUAGAUAAAUUAGUAUCUUUUAACUAAUGGGAUGCCCACAAGGGAGAUUCUGGUUUGGAACAAAGGUGGAAAUUGAGCAUGUUCUGGAUGUCCACAGGUACGCUCUAGAAUAUCCCCACUUUUAGCCAAGAAGGCUUUUGUUCUUGAAAUGACAUAAAGCCACAUUCCAUUUCAGUAGCCCACAGUUGUAAUUGCAGUUUAGUUCUCACUCUUGAGUCUCACAGGUGUCGACAGUGCUGCAAACCUCUGAAUUUCUUUAUGGUCUUUUUAAUUCCAUGCAAAUGCACUGAAUUCUCUGCUCUGAACCCACUCAGCAAUUCCUAUAGUUAAGGACAGCUGGGGUUUUUUAAUGCCAUUUGUCUCUCAGUAUCUAAAGUUGCCGCUGCUGUAGAAACACAAAUCUGGACUGUUUUCCUAGCUCUGUUGUCUUUCGCCUCACAGGGCUACAUUUAGGCUCUGUAUUAGAAUAAAAUAAAAGACAGUUCUUCAUCUAGAAAAAAGCCUCAAGCUGACAAGAGCCAAGGCAGAUAACUGUAGAGUGGCAUGGAGAGGGUAGCACAGGAAUAAAUCCCUCAGCAGUCUUUUUGAUAGAAGAACUCAAGGGAAUCAUGGGAACAGUAGGUAGCAGGUCUGAAACAAAUCACGGUAUCUCUUCAGCUGACUGUAGAACUCCUUGCUGCAGCACACUGUGUAUGAAACUGCAUGGAUUUAAAAGGGAACUGAAAAAUUCAUGAAAGGGAAAACAUCGCCCUGUUCUCUCUGAGCCACUGACCCAGGAACUGUUGGGACACUGUAAAAGCUGCUCUAGCUGAGUGCCUGCUUAUCCUGUCCUCCAGAUUACUGUAAGCACCAGUGCUUCAUCCCUGGUGGGCAGGUAGCUGAGAGAAGGGUCCUGCUGGCAAGGCUUGCUUUCAGAAUCAGGCAGUUUGUGUUGGGUGCACUCAGCCUGUGCGAAGGCUAUGCAAGAAUUAGCUGACUUCAUGCACCAGUUGAAGAGCACAGAACAAACCACCCAUGUUCCUUGAGCAUGGAUGCUGAAACAGAAAUAACUGCAAAUGCUUCUAAAACAGAUCACAGAAAAUUUUCCAUUUAGUUCUUUAUAGUUAAGAUUCUGAAGGGCAACUGUGUCUUGGCCAGAAGAGUGAAGAGGGCAGGGUGCAUUUUGGGUGUAGGGUGUUAUAACUGAAGCUGCUUGUUUUGUCACCUGGUUUUACAGCAACCAGAGCAUUAAGGUGUGCCUUUAUUAGUGUUGUAACCAGCAGGGCUUCAGUUAGGAGCCUGUGUGCCUGAAAUGUGAUGGAGUAGUCCCUUACCUGUUCUAUGACAACACCUAUUAGAAGAACAGAGAUAGAGGCAACUGUUCAUAAACCCCUGCAAAAGUCUGUUUAUACUUUCUGAUGCUUAAAAUAUUUGGAGAGGAAACACCUUUCUAGUGUUUACAAGCAGGAAGAAACUGUCCACUGAUACUGUGCCCUGCUCCUGAUUGUCAGAACAGUUAUGUUCCUGGUCAACUGCAAUAAACUGCUGUUUAAGCUCUGUUUCUGGUCUGCAAAAUACUGUUUUCUGUUUGUAAUGCCAAGAUCUGGUCUAUAGUCCUGAUGGGAAGCUUCUCGCCAUUAAAAGCACUUACUAAA